AUGGGGGACUCGCCGCCGCCGAGCAUGGGGGAGUCACCGCCGCCGCAAGCAGACCUCGCCCACAUGGACAGAAGCUGGAUUAGAAAAGGAGUUAGAAAGUUUUCGAAAGAACAUAUGAAAGGAGUUGAUGAUUUCAUGGCAUUUGUUCAAGCAAAUUUUGCCAACGAUGCUCACAUUCUUUGCCCAUGCUGCGAAUGCCUCAACUGUUCAAGAAUGGCUCAAGGAAGAGUGGAAGAUCAUCUGCUUCUUAAUGGGAUGUCCAGCACAUAUGAUAGGUGGAUAUAUCAUGGAGAACCUUUAGACAGACAACCUCAACAUUUUGAAGCUAAUACAGAGGCCCCUCAUAUGAUGGGUGGUGGUGAUGUUGGCAUUGAUUUCAUGGAAAAGGUUUUGCGAGAUAAUGCUGGUUUGGAGGAAGAGGGUGGGCACGAAGAUGAUAGGAUUCCUGACCUAUUGAAGGAUUUGUACGAUGCUGAAGAUCGUGCUGAUGGACAGAAGUCAUUGUUUGCUGAGGUGUUAGAGGAGGCGAAGCGCGCAGCUCAUGAAGGGGGUAAAUUUUCAAGAUUUACCUUCACCGUGAAGUUACUCCACAUCAAGUCUUUCUACCGGAUUAGCAUUGCUGCAUUCAACGCAAUACUCCGCCUUUUGAGCUUGCAAUUCCCUGAUAGUUGUGGUCCCAGAUCUUAUGAUGAAGCAUUGAGCAUAAUCCGCAGGCUAGGGUUAGGUUAUGUGUCAAUACAUGUGUGCCCAAAUAACUGUGUCUUGUUUCGGAAGGAUUUAGCAAAGCAUGACAACUGUCCAAAAUGCAAUGCCUCUAGGUGGAAAGAUGCUGAUGGGAAGAAGUCAAUACCGGAGAAGGUACUGAGGCACUUUACGUUGAUACCAAGGCUGCAGCGGAUGUUCUUCUCGAAGAAAUCAUCGCGUGAGGUACAGUGGAACAAGCUGAAGCCGCAACCUGUGGACAAUGAGCUGAGCCAUCCAGCGGACGGAGAGGCAUGGAAAGAGUUUGACCGUACACAUUUAGAUUUUGCUGCAGAUCCAAGGAACAUAAAACUUGGCAUUGCCACAUAUGGGUUUAAUCCGUUUGGGAACAUGAGCACGUCUUAUAGCAUGUGGCCAGUUUUUGUGGUGCCGUACAACCUGCCACCAUGGGCAUGCAUGGAUAAGUCCAACUUCAUGAUGUCAUUGCUUAUCCCGGGUCCAGAGUCUCCAGGACAGGAUUUUGAUGUCUUUAUGGAGCCCCUCGUAGAAGUACUGCUCCAGCUCUGGACUGGUAGAAUAAGGAGCAAGAUCUGCUAUAUUGGGCACCGCUGCUUUCUUCCCCGAAACCAUCGCUGGCGAAGAAGCAAAGAUUUUAAUGGUGAGAAUGAAACCCGUGACAAGCCAGCUGAAUUCACUAAAGAAGAGCUGGAGCAGCAACUUGAAAAGGUGAAAGAUGUGAGACCAGGAAAGCUUGCGAAGAAAAGAAAGCGUGAGGAAGGUCAAUGUUGGGACCAGAGGUCUUGUUUGUGGGACCUGCCAUACUGGGCUGAUCUGAAAUUAAGGCAUAAUCUCGAUGUAAUGCACAUUGAGAAAAACAUAUGCGAGAAUCUGCUAGGGACAUUUCUGAACAUUGAAGGGAAGACAAAGGACACAGUUAGUUCUAGGCUUGAUUUGGAGGACAUGGGCAUAAGAGAAGAUUUGCAUCUACAGCACAAUGAAGAUGAAGAUUCAUUUGAAAUGCCACGAGCAUGGUAUACAAUGAGUAAAGAACAAAAGCUUGCAUUCUCUGAAUUCCUAAGAGCGGUGAAAUUUCCAGAUGGUUAUGCUGCUAACCUAGCAAAGUGUGUUACUUCUGAUGGAUUCAAGCUUUCAGUACUGAAAACCCAUGAUUGUCACAUCCUCCUCCAAAGGAUUUUACUGGCGGGCCUCCGAGGAAUCAUGGACAAGGAUAUAUAUGAAGCGGUUGCUGAGCUGGGAAAUUUCUUUAGAGAACUGUGCUGCAAAACACUCAAGUUAACUGUCCUGGAAAGACUUGAAAAAGAAAUCCCAAUUAUUCUUUGCAAGCUCGAGAAGAUUUUCCCUCCACCUUUCUUCACCGUGAUGGUCCAUUUGGCGGUGCACUUACUAAAAGAGGCAAUGCUUAGAGGCCCUGUGCAAUACGGUUGGAUGUACCCAAUCGAAAGAAGGCUGCUUACUUGUAAGCGAUACUUUGGCGAUGUGGAAACAAGAUGGAACCGGCCGGGAAGAAAUAGAGAGCGGUCUGAUUCGCAAAGUGGUGAUGUCUCUGUUUUCAACCAUGGUGUGAACUUUCUUGGAGCCUCACAAUACUUGGAGGCUGGUGAUGAGUAUGACAAGAUGGUUUGGUAUGUGCUCAGCAAUUGCGCCGAGGUUCUACCAUAUAUCAAGAAAUGCAAGGAAGAGUUAAAUCAGGAAGAAAUCAAGAUCAAUGUUGAUAAAAGGGCUGCCAAGGGGUUUGCUAAUUGGUUUAAUAAUCAUAUUGGAAAGUUGCAUGAGGAGAAGAAGGUUAGUGAUGAUCUAUUUGCUUUGGCAUGCUUACCGGAUAAGCGAGUGAGAGUGUAUUCAGCAUGCAAUGCCGACGUUGUCCGGUACCACACCGUUGACCGCGAGGAAAAAAGGAAGACACAAAAUAUUGGAAUCGUCAUUGAGGGGUCACAUGAUCGUGAGAUCAUUGACUUCUAUGGUCAGUUGAGAAGCAUCGUAGAGUUGCAGUACAACUCUAGUGGAGGCAUCCAUCGCUCGGUUGUCUUAUUUCGCUGUGACUGGUUUGAGCUUGGUAGCAAGAAGAAGAGAGACUCUUUUGUCAAAUAUGAUGGCCACUUCAAAAGCAUCAACACUGCAAGGUGCUGGUAUAAGAGUGAUCCCUUUAUUCUAAUAACACAAGCAACAAUGGUGUUUUAUCUGCCAGACACUCUUUUGCACGGAAAAUGGCGAGUUGUGCAAACCUUUGAGCACAGACACUUGUGGAGUGUGACUGAAACUGAAUUGGAAAAGGGCCCCGGUGAUGGUGGACUAACAUACCAAGAUGAUGACUCUAUGGAAGUUCCGUUGCAAGCUGAUGAUGACUCUAUGGAAGUUCCGGUGCAAAGCAGAGUGCGAAGGGACCGGGAACGUGUGAUCGUUGAUGCUGCAAUAGUUGAACGCAUCAAGAAAAGAAGAAAGGUGGUAGCGGAUGGACAUGAGAGCGAGGAUGAGGAAAAUUGGACUGAUCAUACUAUGCUGCAAUAUUGUAGUGAUGAUGAGGAAAACAGGAGUGGGCAUAGAGUUCCUUGUUUUCGUAUCGACGACGAUGAGUAG